GCGGGGAAGAUCUAAUGAUAUAUAUCGAAGCUGUGCCGGAGGUCGCUGGGCGAUGUACUCAAGGACAUGAGCCUCUUCCCUGGUGACCUGUUUCGUUCUUCAUUCAACCUAUUUACAAAUAUUCGCAAUGAGGACUCUACUGUUUUCAAUUGCCCUUGCGGCGGCGCUCGCUCGGAAUUCACUCGCCCAGUUUCCACCGGCACCUGAGGGAGUUACUGUCUUGAAAUCAAAGAUCGACGAUGGCAUUGAGAUUAGUUACAAAAAGGCAAGAAAGAAUCGACUGCAUAAACGGGAAAGGAAAGCUGACCUAACAUCUAGCCCGGUCUUUGUGAGGAAGCUGAAGGUGUGAAAUCCUACGCUGGAUACAUCAAGCUUCCGCCGGGGACCCUGGAGGGGGUUGGCCAGGAGCAAGAUUAUGAUAUCAACACCUUUUUUUGGUUCUUCGAGGCCAAGGAGGAUCCAGAUAACGCACCGCUCUCUAUAUGGAUGAACGGCGGACCCGGCAGUUCUUCGAUGCCCGGGCUCUUCAACGAGAAUGGGCCUUGCUACAUCAACCCAGAUUCAAACUCGACGAGACCCAG